UGCAAACCAUUGACUUAUAAGUUUCAAUGAAAUGCUUGGGGGUUCUUUGCCAGACUUCCCGGAAAAUAGAUCUCUCAAGAGCCUCAAACUUCGGUGGACAAUGUUUUCUGGGAAUUUACCCCAGUCCAUAGGAAACCUCACACUGCUGUCCCAUAUUGACCUUACAGUUUGCCAUUUUAGUGGACCAAUCCCUGCUUCUAUUAUAAAGCUUAGCAAGCUUGUUGAGCUGAGCUUGUCCGGAAAUUCAUUUUCAGGACCCAUUCCAGCAUCACUAUUUUUCCUGCCAUCACUUCAAACCUUAUCUCUGAGUUGGAACAAACUUUCUGGUCAUCUAACUGAAUUACGAAAUGUGACUUCUCCACUUGAAUCUCUUGAUUUGUGGGACAACAACUUGGAAGGGACAAUACCUUCAUUCUUCUUUCGACUUCAAAGCCUUACAUCACUAGAUCUAUCAUCAAACAAUUUUUUUGGUCAAAUGAUUGAUUUGCAAAAUGUGACUUCUCCAUUGCAAUCUCUUGAUUUAAGUAGCAAUGACUUUGAAGGGACAAUACCUCUGUUCUUCUUUCGACUUCAAAGCCUUACAUCACUAGAUCUUUCAUCAAACAAAUUUUUUGGUCGUUUGAUUGAUUUGCAAAAUGUGACUUCUCCAUUGCAAAUUCUUGUUUUGAGCGACAACAACUUGGAAGGGACAAUACCUUUGUUCUUCUUUCACCUUCAAAAUCUUACAUCACUAGAUCUUUCAUCAAACAAAUUUUUUGGUCAAAUGAUUGAUUUGCAAAAUGUGACUUCUCCAUUGCAAAUUCUUGAUUUGAGCAACAACAACUUGGAAGCGACAAUACCUUCAUUCUUCUUUCGACUUCAGAAUCUUACAGUGCUCGAUCUUUCAUCAAACAAAUUUUUUGGUCGAAUGAUUGAUUUGCAAAAUGUGACUUCUCCAUUGCAAUCUCUUGAUUUGUGGGACAACAACUUAGAAGGGACAAUACCUCCAUUCCUAUUUCAACUUCAGAAUCUUACAAUGUUCGAUCUUUCAUCAAACAUAUUUGACGGUAUUGUACAUCUAACCAAAUUUAAAAGUCAGUAUUUUGACACUGUUGACUUUUCCCAUAACAAUUUGGUAAUUGAGACAACCAUAAGCACAUCAGAACUUCCCUUACUCCCUCUGUUUGGAGAGUUAAAUUUGGCCUCCUGCAAUUUGCAAAAAAUUCCUGAUUUUUUGAAAAGCCAAUCUAAAUUGCGGUGGUUAGAUCUUUCCAACAACACUAUUAAUGGAGAAAUUCCUAACUGGAUAUGGGGAAUUGGUAAUGGGAAACUCUCUGGCCUCAAUCUUUCUCACAAUCGUUUGACGCAUAUGAAAGAGCCAAUGGAAUACAGUUCUCUUACUUCCCUUGAUCUAAAUUCUAAUAUGCUAAGUGGACAGAUUCCACGACCACCACCUUGGGCACUGUAUUUAGACUUCUCCAACAACAAUUUCUCCAUGAUUCCUCUUGAUUUGCUGAUCAAAUCCCAGAUGUCUAUUUCUUUUCCAUUGCAAAAAAUAGAGUAAGUGGAAAGAUCUCAACUUCCUGGUGUCGAGCAGCCAAUCUGGAAGUGCUUGACUUGUCCCACAAUGCUUUGCAUUGCACAAUACCAUCAUGUCUGGUUCAAAAUAACAGCAUUCUUGUUGUAGUGAAUCUUAGAGGAAAUCAUUUAAGUGGUUUCUUUAGAGGAAAUCAACACAGUUGUUCUUUAGAGACAUUGGAUCUUAGUCAAAAUCUCUUAGAAGGGAAAGUUCCUCCUUCCUUGAUCAACUGCACAGAGCUUAAGAUCUUAAAUCUUGGAAACAACAAAA